AUGGGGUUAUGGUUGGGAGGUGUAAAUCGUUGCGUGGGGUUCAUUAUAGGCCAACAAAUUUUGACGUUUAAUAUUAACCGAAAGAUUACGACGAAAGAAAUUAUCCCGUACAAGGUUGGUUGGAAUGAGUUGGCAGUUUCCCAUCUCUUAUAUGCCGAUGAUAUCUUAAUUUUUACUAAUGGAGAACGUCGUUCUAUUGAGAGGCUAAUGGAUAUUUUUCAUGUAUAUGAGCAAUCGUCGAGGCAGCUCGUUAAUGUAUCUAAAAGUCAUCUCUAUGUUGGUAAAUGGGCUGAGCUGGAACAUCUCUCUAUUGAACAAGCUACUAAGAUUUGGGGAAAGAAUUUUCCUCUUACAUAUCUUGGGGCCCCCAGUUUUACUGGGCAAAGUAAGGCGGAAUACUUCGAACACCUUGUUCAGCAAAUUAGAGGCAAAAUUCAGGGAUGGAAAGGCAAUUUUUUGUCCUUUGCGGGAGAAGUCACGUUGCUAAAGUCAGUGGUUUCAAGCAUUCCCAUUUAUUCAUUGGCUUGUUCUAAAGUUCCUGUUGGAGUUAUCAAUCAGAUUGAGCAACUUAUGGCGUUUUUCUUGUGGAGCUCGAGUGGGGAUUCGAGAACUCAUUGGGUUAAAUGGCAGACAAUUUGUACGCUUGUUGAAGAAGGGGGUUUGGUUAUCCGCUCUCUUAAAGAGGUAAUGCGAUGUCUUCAUGGUAAACUUAUGUGGCAAGCUCUUCAAGGUGAUUCGCUUUGGGCAAAGUACGCAAAAGCAAAAUACUUGGAUAAACAAUUGACCUCACGCGAAGAUCCGCCUCUCCUUUAUGGAUUUCGAUUAAUCAGCAUGCAGAGAUGA